UCUCUGCGGUUUAAUCAAGGCCCGGUUGUCUAUCUCUCUAUCCCUAUCAUGUCUAAUAACUUUUGCUCAGAAGUCCACAGCUCUCCUUCUUGUAGGAACUCUAGUCAUGUUCCUGUCACCUCACCUGUCACCAGUGGUCUCUGCUCCACUGAGACCAGGGAGAGAGAUGCCCCUUGCUCUCCUACUAGCAGCCUGGGCAGCAACACACCACAAGACAACUGUCAAGAGCCCUGCGGUGAACCCAGCAGUUGCCAGUCAACCAGCUGCAACAGGAGCACUAGCAGACCUUCAGUCUGUUCUCCAACUACUUCAGGGGUAUCUGGAUCCCAGGAAGGAACUAGCUGUCUUCCCAACACGUCCCGCCAUUCCAGCCUUGGCCGGGCAACAUUCUGUAGACAGCCUAUGAGUUGCUACGUUCCAAGUUACCUGUCUAAUGGAUGUCAACCCUUGGGCUAUCUGACCUAUGGCUGUCCACCACUGAGAAACCUGACCUACGGAUGUCGGCCUUUCAGCUGCCUGCCUGGCUGCUACGGGCCCACGAGCUGUAAUUACAGCAGCUUUCAACCCUACUCCUCUUCCUUGAGUGGUUGGCGUUAUCCUUACUGAAGAAAACCAAGAGGAUCUGAAACAACCUCGUGCUUCUGGCUUUGAGAAAGAUCAGCCAGCAUCACCACAGGGAGGUCUUUUGUUCCGUGGGGCUACAUUGUGUGUGUGCUGAUUGUCUAGUAAUUCUCUUCAACUGAACGUCUGGGCGCUUUGGGGGUGUGUAUCACUCAGUUCAGUAUAGUUGCAGAGCUUGACGUACUGUUUUACUUCCAGAAAAUGCUGUUCUUCUGCUCUCAUCACAAUUAAAUCGUGGCUUCG